CUCUUAAUGGCACAAACUCGAAAUUAUCCCAACGCACUUGACAAGCCAGAGCAAUCCCCCACCAAUCUCCCUUCAUCCACUCUCUCUCUUCCUGUCCAUUCUCUCUCUUCCCUCCCUAAAAUUUCUUUCCAAUUUCCCAUUUAUUUUUCCCCCCAUCAACCAAAGAUUAAAACUUUAAUAUUUUCUCCACGAACCCAAAUACCACCACUCGCUUAAACACUCAAAAAAAAUAAUUUUCAACCCCUCAUAUUAUUAUGGCCUUUCAUGUUGCUUGCCCAAUUACCUGCCGGCGGAUAUGUUUCUGUGCUUUGGGCUUUCCGGGGAGGCUGCGGAGCGAGAAGGGCAAGAACGACUUUUUGGAGGAGGUUGCUAGGGUUGAGCAGUUCUUGAAUGACCCGUGGUUGAUCAAGGCAACGGAGAAUGCAACGGUUCAGGUUAAGGUUCCGAAAGUUAUUGUCUCACAAGCGCCGCCGCCUCCGCCGCCCCAAUUUGCGGCGGUCGUGUCGGUGGGGGGUGGAGAAGAUGAGGCAGCCGCGAUGGCAGCAGCUUCGGCGCAGGUAAAGAGGGCUGCGCUGCAGAAGCAAGCAGCUGCUGCUUCGAUGGUGGCUGAGGAUUACGCUAGGAGGUUUGAGUCUGGCGAUUUGGCGACUUCUGUAAAGGAUGCUGCUGGAGAAGAGCAAGGUCAGUCAACUACCAAAAUAAUGUGUCGGCUAUGCUUUUCUGGUGAAAAUGAAGGAAGUGAAAGGGCAAGAAAGAUGUUAUCUUGCAAUAGUUGUGGCAAGAAGUACCACCGGAACUGCCUAAAAGCUUGGUCUCAACACAGAGAUCUUUUUCACUGGAGUUCUUGGACUUGCCCCUCUUGCCGCAUAUGUGAGGUGUGUCGAAGAACUGGAGAUCCAAAUAAGUUUAUGUUCUGUAAAAGGUGUGACGGUGCAUACCACUGUUACUGUCAGCAACCUCCACACAAGAAUGUUGGCCAUGGGCGUUAUUUGUGUCCAAAACACACCAAGUGCCAUAGCUGUAGUUCUUCAGUCCCUGGAAAUGGCCUAAGUGUAAGAUGGUUUUUGGGCUAUACUUGUUGUGAUGCUUGCGGAAGAUUGUUUGUAAAAGGAAAUUACUGCCCUGUUUGUUUAAAGGUCUAUAGAGACUCUGAAUCAACUCCCAUGGUUUGCUGUGAUAUCUGUCAACGCUGGGUGCAUUGUCCCUGUGAUGGGAUCAGUGAUGCAAAAUACAUGCAAUUUCAAGUUGAUGGAAAUCUCCAAUAUGUUUGUCCUACUUGUCGUGGAGAAUGCUGCCAGAUCAGGAAUCUUGAGGAGGCUGUUCAGGAGCUCUGGAGACGAAGAGAUGAGGCUGACAAGGAUCUGAUAGCAAGCUUGAGGGCAGCAGCUGGUCUGCCAACUGAAGAAGAAAUUUUUGACAUUUCACCUUUUUCUGAUGAUGAAGAGAGUGGACCCAUCUUAAAGAAUGAGUACAGCCGUUCUUUGAAGUUUUCUCUUAAAGGGUUAGGUGAUAAAUCACCACGGAAGAGCAAAGAGCAUGGGAAAAAAUCUUCAAAUAAGAAGUAUGGCAAGAAAAAGGGUAACGAAACAUCUAUAAUUGGUGGAAUUGAUGCUUAUCAAAGUAUUGGUGGGAACGCUGAUGGUCCAUUUGGAUAUAACACAGGCGAUAUUAAGAAUGAAGAAAUGCAAUUUUCUGGUGAACUUGCUAGUCUCUCUCCUGUUGCCGGAGAUUUGACAGAAGGUGUAUCUGCAGCAAAUGAGGCUGCGGUCUCCAAACACAAGAAUGUUGAUGAGGUUACAACAACCAAUGUAACUAAGGCAUCUAGAACUAUCAAAAUAAAGAGUAGUAAGUCUCACGGCUUGAAUACCAGGGAGGAAACUGGAACUAAUAAUGGCGGGCCCAAGACUACGCAAGGACCAAAGCUUGUUAUACAUUUGGGUGGGCGAAGUAGAAAUGCAACUAGUCCUCCAAGAUCUGAAGGUUCGAGCUUCAAAAGGGGUCAAGAAUUGCCUUCUUCAAAUGUAGGAGCUGAGGAUACGAGUCAACUGAAACAUCCUGAGUAUAUCGACAGGCCUGACACUGGAUCUAAAUUUGGCGAUUCAAAAGGACACAAAAUAGACCACACUGAUCAAAAAAAGGGUCCUAAGUUACGAGAAAAAGACAGCCAUUUGAUAAAGUUCAAGAAUGCCAAUUCAGAACUCUCUAUCAUUAGCUCAAAACUUACUGGAGGAGAAUUCGCUGAUGGGUAUGAAUCUGUUUCCCCAAAGAAUACAUAUUCUAUUCUAGGAAAGAGGGGUACUGAAGACAGUGCAUCUGUAAGGAGUGGCUCUGAAGUCCCAGUCAGUCGGAGGACCAAAUAUUCUUCCGUGAAGCCUGCUGAGGAUAGUCCUAUUUCUGGUGACUUGAUUGAUGAUAAUAGUAGCAUACCUUCCAUUUCACAGGCUUCAACCAAGGAUCGCAAGCCUUUCUUGAAGUUUAAAAUUCCCAAGAAUUCUAAUAAUGGCAACCAAAAUGUUCCCAGUAGUUUCAGUAAUGUAACUCAGAAUCCAUUGCCACUUCCUGGGAAGGAAGAGAUAACUUAUACCCGGGGUCAAAGGUCAAAACGGAGAAGACCAGGACAAGGUGAUGAAGAUGCAUCCCAAUGGCGUGAAGACACAAUGAAGGACUUCACAGAUGCCAAUUGGAUACUGCAGAAAUUGGGAAAAGAUGCUGCUGGGAAGAGAGUAGAAGUUCAUCAAGCAUCCAACAAUUCUUGGCAUAGGGGGACCGUGGUAGAAGUCUUUGAGGGUACGUCAGUCGUUUCAAUUGCUCUUGAUGAUGGGAAGAAGACCAAGAGUUUUGAACUUGGGAAGCAAGGAAUCCGUUUCGUUUCUCAGAAGCAAAAGUAUUGAUUUAGAUAUUUGGAACAGAUGCUAUGUUCUUGAAAGCAAGCAGUGAAAGAUCAACCGAAGAUUGCAGGGAUUGUCUAAUCCAUUGCCCAACUCCGAAGCUUCGGAAACGUGAAGUCCCUUCCAGCAGAAGCUGUUCCAUUUUUCACCUUAGCAUCUCAUUUUCCUUAUCAAAUUCAGUUGAAUUCAUGUCUUUUCAGCCUUCUGUUUUUGAGAUUAAUAUUUCGUUAUUGCUGUAAUGUGACUGCCGGUCAUAAUUCUGUGCAGUUAAUCUGUCGAGCUUCUAUUGUUUGCUAAGGUAUGUUUCUGUAAUUGCAUAGAGUGGAUAAUGUAUUUUAGAUCAUGCUCCUAGAGAAAGGAAUGGUAGUGCUGUAAGCCACAUAUGACUGAUAAUUGGCACAGUGAAGGUACCUUCUGUAGGUUAAUUGAAUGUUAUUUGAAAUCUCAAUUUGUACUUCCAA